AUGAAGUCUUUGGCCCGUUCAUAUGUCUACUGGCCGGGCAUAGACAAAGACAUCGAGCAGCUAGCCAAAGCAUGCCACGAAUGCGCUCAAACGGUCUCAGCACCUCCUAAGUUCAAUCAACACCAUUGGGAGUAUCCAUCUAACCCUUGGGAGCGUGUGCAUGUUGACUAUGCGGGACCCGUUGCUGGUGCGAUGCUACUGAUCAUCGUGGAUACGUACAGCAAUGACAUAACAGUUAUUUCUAAAACAACAUGGCAACAUUUGGGUCAACCGAAACUUUCUCAAGCAUCCAUUGAAGCAUCGAAUGCAUCGGGAGAACAACUCAAGCUUAUCGGUGAAUUCGAAUGCAAGGUUAUCCUUAAUGCGAUUACAGAGAAAUGUGUUUGUUUUGUUACAUCAUCACCAGUCCUAAAUGUUAUAGGUAUAGAUUGGAUAGAUAGGUUUAAUCUAUGGGCAAUUCCCUUCGAUGUACUGUGUAAGAAAGUUUCAUCAGCAUGUCCAAAGGAUCGAAUAGUACAGCUUCAAUCGAAAUAUCCAACAGUUUUCGAUGAUUCGCUUGGACAUUGCACAAAAACGAAGGUGAAACUGUUUCUGAAGCCCAAUGUAAAACCAGUUUUCUGUCCAAAACGACCAGUACCAUUCAAUACUAUCGCUCUUGUGGAUGCGGAACUAUCAAGACUACAAUCACUAGGCAUCAUCACACCAAUAGACUUUUCGGAGUGGGCUGCUCCGAUAGUAGCCAUUCGCAAGCCUAAUGGUAAAGUUCGAAUUUGUGCGGAUUAUUCGACGGGGCUUAACGAAGCUUUAGAGUCAAAUCAUUAUCCUCUACCUACUCCUGAAGAAAUUUUUGCACAGUUGAACGGAAGUGUUGUAUUCAGCAUAGUCGAUUUGUCCGAUGCAUACCUACAAGUAGAAGUAGAAGACGAAUCUAAACACCUUCUUACGAUCAACACACAUAGAGGUCUUUUUCAGUUCAACCGUCUCGCACCGGGAGUCAAAUCAGCACCUGGAGCUUUUCAAAGACUAGUUGACGGUAUGAUUGCUGACAUUCCUGGCGUUAGAACAUUUCUAGAUGAUGCUAUAAUUUUCGGUAAAACUUGGGAGGCACACAAGCAAUCAUUAGACACAUUUCUUCAGCGUUUAAAAGAAUAUGGCUUCCACGUCAAGCUGGAAAAAUGUCAUUUCUAUCAAACUGAAAUUGUCUAUUUGGGGCAUGUGGUAGAUCGCAACGGCAUACGUCCUGACCCAGAGAAGCUGAAAACCAUCGCAUCUAUUCCAGCACCAACGAACAUUUCCGAAUUAAGAUCGUUCUUAGGAGCUGUGAAUUUCUACGGCCGAUUUGUGAGAAACAUGCAUGAACUCAGACACCCGUUAGAUCAAUUGCUAAAGAAGGAUACGAAGUGGAAGUGGAAUUCGGAUUGUCAGACAUCGUUCGAAAAAUUCAAGAAAGUACUGCAAUCUGACUUACUGUUGACACAUUAUGAUCCGAAUCUUCCUAUCAUCGUUGCAGCAGAUGCGUCUAGCACCGGCGUUGGCGCAGUCAUUUUUCAUAAAUUUCCGAACGGAUAUUUGAAAGCCAUUCAACAUGCUUCAAGAACAUUAACGUCUGCAGAACAAGGCUACGGACAACCGGAAAAAGAAGCUCUGGCUCUUACUUAUGGGGUAACCAAAUUUCAUAAGUACUUACUUGGUCGGAAAUUUACUCUUUUAACCGAUCAUAAGCCUUUACUAUCCAUAUUUGGUUCAAAAAAGGGAAUUCCUUUGCACACAGCAAACCGACUCCAACGGUGGGCAUUGAUGUUAUUAAACUACGAUUUUACCAUCGAAUAUGUUUCAACCACCGAGUUUGGGUGCGCUGACAUGCUAUCAAGGCUAAUCGACCGUUGCAAGCAACCAGAGGAAGAUUACGUUAUAGCUUCGAUUUCACUUGAAGAGGAUAUUCAAAACGUCAUGCACGAAUCAUUGAAACAAGUACCAGUAUCAUUUGCUGACAUUCAAAAAGCAACAAGAUUGGACGAAACACUGCAAGCUGUUUUGAAAUUCAUCCGGGAAGGCUGGCCGAACGAAGCGUCGUCAAUCAAAAAUCAAGACAUUCGUUCGUAUUACACACGAAAAGAAUCGUUAACGCAUGUAGAUGGAUGUAUCUUGUUUCACAACAGAGUUGUUGUUCCAAACAUUUACAGGAAAAAGGUACUUCAACAAUUCCAUCGCGGUCAUCCUGGAAUGGUGCGAAUGAAAUCCAUUUCUCGAAGUUUCGUUUUCUGGCCGGGAAUGGAUGUCGAUAUCGAAAACUUUGUCCGGCGUUGUACUUCAUGUUGCACUGCUGGCAAAGCACCAAUCAAAGAAACACCUGAAUCUUGGCCUGUGCCGGAAAAGCCAUGGUUACGGGUACACGUGGACUAUGCCGGUCCUGUAGAUGGCGUGUAUUUUUUGGUUGUAGUUGAUCCAUACACAAAAUGGCCAGAAGUAUAUGCAACCAAAACUACAACAGCAAAGACAACUAUCAAGUUUUUAACGCAAUCAUUCGCAACGUUUGGUGUUCCAGAAACUAUAGUCUCUGAUAAUGGUACCCAGUUCACCAGCUUUGAAUUCCAAGCAUUUUGCAAACAAUUGGGUAUUUGUCACAUCCGUACUGCACCAUACCAUCCGCAGUCAAACGGUUUGGCAGAACGUUUCGUGGACACACUAAAGCGUACAUUGCGAAAAAUUCGAGCAGGAGGAGAGACUUUAGAUGAAGCUUUGCAGACUUUUUUGCAAGUUUAUCGAACCACACCUACACCAGAUAAGUCUCCAGCUGAAUUGAUGUUUCAGCGGCCUAUUCGAACAGUUCAGUCAUUAUUACUACCUCCAGUUUCACGGUCACGAAAUGAAAAGCCAGAAGCUGGUAGAAAAUUCUUCGAUCCUGGAGAAGCGGUUUAUGCCCAAGUCCACCGCAAUAAUUCCUGGGAGUGGAAACCGGCAUCAAUAGUCGAACGAGUCGGUAGAGUGAAUUACAACGUGUUUUUGGAAGACAACCAGCGAAUUAUUCGCUCACAUGCAAAUCAACUGAAGAAGCGUCUACAGGAGGAAACAUCGUGUGGAAAUAGAAAUUGUCACGACACUGGAAAUUUGUUAACUAUUUUCUUUGACGAAUUUGAAUUGGGAACUCCACAGGCAGUUGAAAACUCAAUUGAAAUGACUGAACAAGAACAUUACUAUUCAGCUGAUGAAGAGUCCGCUGAAGAAAUUGAAGGAGAAAAUUGGCAAACAUCAUCGUCCACAGUUACUACUCAAGCCACUCCACCAAUGCCUGCAUCUUCUGCUCAACCCGUGAAAGCGGAAAGACCUCGAAGAAUUCGUAGGCCACCAGCCAGGUUUGAACCGUAUUGGUGAAUUAAGGGGGGAGAUGUUGCAUAGUAACACGCAUAACGCAGUAACAUUGCAAGACUCGAUCAGAGUACACAUUGAGUGAAUAAAGACGAUUCCAUUCUGAACUAAGGAAUAAAGCAGUUGUGUUUUUCUCAAGAUAUAUUCCCUGCGACAU